AUGGGGAUCUCUGCUCUGGAGGACACAGGGGCCGCUCUGCAGAUCCAGUGUUACCAGUGUGAGGAGAUGAGCACCAACAACUGCACCACACCAGACUUCAUCGUCAACUGCACGGUCAACGUCCAGGACAUGUGUCAGAAGGAGGUCCUGAUCCAGCCUGAUGAUCCAUGGGUGACUCCUCUCCUUCCCCUCCUGGACCACAGACGGUCCAGCCCUGGGAACGUGCACUAUCACCACACCAUGGACAAACUCUGGACUUUUUUCCCGCAGAGAGGACUGCACCGUUGA